AUGGCCGAGAAGGCGGCCCCAAUACUUGCUAUUGCAUGCACGGUCAUCAAACCGUGUGCUGAUUUGGCCGGCCUAACUCUUAUGCAAGUCAGCCGCGUCGGCUUCGGUCAACAACCACCAACCACCACGGUGCAGCAGCUGCAAUCUCGUCGUCAUUGUGCUAAAGCUGGUGGCCUGGAUGGCCUCCAUGUCAGCUGUGUGAAUGCGAGCUAG